UCAGCCUUCCUCACCGACCGUAUCGAUGAAGUUGUUUCAAAGAUGGCGGACUUCCUGCCGUCCCGCUCCGUUUUAUCUCUAUUUUUUCCUAACUGUCUCCUCACGAGCAGCGAGAGGGAACAGUUGCAGAAGUCAAGAGACAUAGAUAAGUGUAUUAACCGAGAUAAGACGUAUGUUAAAAGGCUUGUGAAAAUCUUAUUACUCGGAGCGGGUGAGAGCGGUAAGUCCACUUUCCUCAAACAGAUGCGCAUUAUCCACGGGCAGGACUUUGAUCAGAAGGCCAAAGAAGAAUUCAGAGCUACAAUUUUUAGUAAUGUAAUAAAAGGCAUCAGAGUGUUGGUGGAUGCUAGAGAAAAACUGCACAUUCCCUGGGGGGACCCAUCCAACCAGCCGCAUGGAGACAUCAUGAUGGCGUUCGACACGCGAGCAGUGAUGACCCACGGCCACGGCAUGGUAGAACUCACCAUUUUCCAGCGCUACCUGCCAUCCAUCCGGGCGCUGUGGGCCGACCACGGCAUCCAGAACGCUUACGACCGGCGCCGAGAGUUCCAGCUGGGGGAGUCAGUGAAGUAUUUCCUGGACAAUUUGGAAAAGAUUGGACAGAUGGACUAUCUGCCUAGCCACCAGGACAUCCUUCUGGCCCGAAAACCCACCAAGGGAAUCCACGAGUACAACUUUGAAAUUAAAAACGUGCCUUUCAAGAUGGUGGACGUGGGAGGCCAGCGCUCGGAGAGGCGACGCUGGUUUGAAUGCUUCGACUCCGUCACCUCCAUCCUCUUCCUCGUGUCCUCCUCUGAAUACGACCAGGUGCUGAUGGAGGACCGGCAGACCAACCGGCUGAGCGAGUCGCUCAGCAUCUUUGAGACCAUCGUCAACAACCGGGUGUUCAACAACGUCUCCAUCAUCCUCUUCCUCAACAAGACGGACCUCCUGGAGCAGAAGGUGAAGCAGGUAUCCAUCAGGGACUACUUCCGCGAGUUCUCGGGCGACCCCUCCAGCCUGGCCGACGUCCAGCUCUUCCUUGUGGAAUGCUUCCGGAAAAAGCGGCGCGAGGCCCUGCAGAAGCCGCUGUACCACCACUUCACCACCGCCAUCAACACGGAGAACAUCCGCCUGGUGUUCCGGGAUGUCAAGGACUCCAUCCUGCACGACAACCUCAAGCAGCUGAUGCUACAGUAAGGGACGGACCUGCGGGGGGGGGGGCAGAGGGAGGUGGCCAACACAAUGCCUUUGUUUUUUUUUGUUUUAUAUUCUAACUGCAGCCCGUAAGGAGAGUGGCCAGUGUCCCUGCGUCCAGCCUCCCUCCUUGAUUUUGAACUGCUCUCUUAUGGACCUAGAUGGUCUAUUAAAAUCACCAUUGCGAUAGCCCCCCCCCCCCCCC